AUGAAUAGAUGCAAUGGUUCCAACAUGAUGGGUCCAUGUUCAUGUGGUCUCUACCAUUACCAACCCCCCAACUCAUUCUCCACCAUUUUCUCGAUGCCUUAUGAACAGGAAGAAUAUGUAUCUCCUUCUUCUGUGGAUUGCACUUUGUCUUUGGGUACACCUUCCACUCGACUCACUAAUGACUAUGAAAAGACCCACCCCCAUGAUCAAAGGUCUAGUUGGUGGAACAUUUUGCAAUCGUCUAGCAAAUCACCCGCGCCGCAGUCUACCCAUAAAGCCAAUCGUGGUGGUGGGAAUGGUUCUGCCACCGCUGACAGCCUCUUUUCACGACGGUGUGCUAACUGUGAUACCACUUCUACUCCACUUUGGAGGAAUGGACCUCGUGGCCCUAAGUCAUUGUGCAAUGCAUGUGGGAUCAGAUUCAAGAAGGAGGAGAGACGGGCAAACGCGGCAGCAGCGGCGGUGGUUACAAGCGGUGGUAGCGAUGCGACGGAGGGAUAUCACCACCACCAAUACAUGAUGAACGGGAACCAAUGGGUGAAUCAUCACUCACAACCCAACCACAAAAUGCCAUCGUGUUACUCGCCGGCGGCGGCGGCGAAUGAGUACAGGUUCAUGGAUGACGUGGACGACAGAGAUUCUCCGUUUCUCUCGUGGCGGCUUAACGUGACUGACAGACCAGGACUCGUCCAUGACUUUACUAGAUGA